GGAUCUGCUCCUAUGUUUGCCCUUUUCUUCUUCAUCUGGGUGCUCCCAGAGUCAGCUCGCUGGCUGGUGACCAAAGGCAGAAUCGAGGAAGCCAAGAAGGUUCUGCAGAAGGCGGCAGCCAUCAACAAGCGCAGCCUCCCACCAGAGCUCCUGGAGCAGCUGAAGCCUGAGAAAGAGGUUAAGUCUGGAAGUUUCCUGGAUAUCUUUCAGAAGAAGCACCUGCGGAAGGUGACUUUAAUCAUGUCAUGUGCCUGGUUUGUGAACAGCUUUGUCUACUAUGGGCUGAGUCUGAACGUGACAAAUUUUGGCCUGGACAUCUACCUGACUCAGCUGGCCUUUGGAGCAGUGGAAAUCCCAGCCCGUGUUGGUUGUAUCUUCAUUCUGCAGAGGUUUGGGAGGAGGAAAACGCAGGCUGUUCUCCUGGUGCUGAGUGGCCUGGUGUGUCUGAUCAUCACCGGCAUCCCUGAAGACCAGCCCGUGGCAACCACCGUCCUGGCCACCAUUGGCAAGUUUGCUGCCUCAGCCUCCUUCUCCACCUCCUACGUCUAUGCUGCCGAGCUCUUCCCCACGGUCGUCAGGUGAGCUCUCCCCACACAUCCGAGCUCCCCUCUGCCGUGGCUGGCAGCGGUGACGGGGCAGGAGCCCGGCUGUCCCCAUGGCCAC